AUGGGGAGGGCGCCCUGCUGCGACAAGCAGGGGCUUAGGAAGGGCCCGUGGUCUCCCGAGGAAGACAAGAUCCUGGUCGACUACAUCCAAGCCAAUGGCCUCGGCAGCUGGAGGUCCCUCCCCAAGCAAGCAGGUACGCCGCCUCUCUCUCUCUCUCUCUCUCUCUCUCUCUCUCUCUCUCUCUCUCUCUCUCUCUGCGAGCUCUUCUUCCUCCCUUUCCCCUUCCUCCGCCGCCGCUUGCACCGAGAACGCCCCAUAAUUCCGAUCUCUUUCUGGGCUCCCGGGGCGGCGCCACCUCCCCUCCUUCCAUCUCGCGGCGGUGUUGUUCAGAGGGUCGCGGGGAGGUCUCGCCUGCAGGCAAAGCUCCGCCCCCGCCGCCCGCUAGGUCUCCCCUCUGGCGCCGCCCGGCUCUGGGAGAGUGAGAUCCAUCGCCGGCCACGUUGACGGCGGCCGUAACAUCGGUCAGCGGGCAGCGGACCCGUCGGCCACUUGCGUGUUCCUUCCUUGGCCUGGUCCUCGUUGUGCCCUGCCACGAGCUUUUUGGAAGCGCCAGCAGUCGCCUCUGUUCUUAAAUGCCCGUCUGCGCCAGCAAUAAAUGAUAACUAUUUAAGCGGGUCGACUCGUCGGCGGAGACGCGAUCACACCAAUUCUGUGCCGCUCUGCCUGAGCGAUCUCCCCGCUUUGUCUCUGCCGGCGGAGGGAGUGAUCUCCCUCCGCCAUGGCCUGGGUUCCUCGGGAUGGCAGGGUGACGACGAUGACGAUAAUAAAUGGGGGGCGAGUACGCCGCCGAUACGGCCUCUGAGGCGUCGAUUUGGUGCCAUUAAUGCAGGUCUUCUGCGGUGCGGCAAGAGCUGUCGGCUCCGGUGGACCAACUAUCUCCGGCCGGACAUAAAACGCGGGCCCUUCACGCCGGAGGAACAGAAGUCCAUCGUCCAGCUCCACGGCAUCGUCGGCAACAAGUAGGGUGGCGGCCAUGGCGGACUGAACCUUCCGCCACUGCGUCUAUCGCCUAAACUGAGCUGAACUGAACUGAACUGCCAACUCUGAACUGCAGGUGGUCCACCAUAGCGGCACAGCUGCCGGGCAGAACGGACAACGAGAUCAAGAACUACUGGAACACCCACCUGAAGAAGCGGCUCGUCCUCAUGGGGAUCAACCCGGAGACCUACGCCCCCUCCUCUGGUGCCACCUCCCUCUCCUCCACCGGCACGGGCGGCGGCGGCAGCGCCCCACCGCCGCCGUCCGCCGGUGCCGCCGCGGCCUCCUCGUCGAGCACCCGUCACAUGGCGCAGUGGGAGAGCGCGAGGCUGGAGGCGGAGGCCCGGCUCUCAAGGGAGUCGCUCCUCUUCUCCGCCUCCGGCGGCGCCGCCGCCGAUUCCUCGGCCCUCUCUGACCACUCCCCCGCCGCGAAGACGGACACGGACUUCUUCCUCCGGAUGUGGAACUCCGAGGUGGGCGAGGCUUUCCGCGGGAAGGAGACAGCCCCCGCCGCCGGCGCCUCCCCCGCCUCCUCUUCCACCAAAUGCGGCGGCGCCGCCGCGCCGAGGUUGGUCAAGAAAGGGAGCAGAGGCGCCAGCGGCGGAGGGGCGUCGAGCGUGUCCAGCGGCGAGCCCAAGGAGGACGGCGACUGCAAGAGCUCGGUCUCCGGCGAAGGCGGCGGCGCCGCCAACGCCGAUUCCUCGAGCUCCAACGAGAUGGAGGACACGUCGGAGGAGACCUACCAGAUGUAUCUGAAUCUCGUGGGGGACGACAUGGCGCUCGGCCACCUGUUCCACGGUGGCCUCGACAGCAUCUCUCUCUUCGGCGGCGACCCCAACGCGGCGGAGGCCUCCUUGGAUCUCGCCUUCGGAUGA